CGCGAGUACGCUAGUGCUCACACGAGCUAGCACAGAUCAAACGAAACAAUAUACCAAUGGCAGAUGAUUUAUAUCGUUGUUUUAGAGUUUCGAUUUUUCGAGUAUUUAGGGUUGCAAAGUUUGUCAUUUAGGCAGCUUACAUCUCUGCAGCAUUAAAUCAGGAAGGCCUCCAGACUGAACGCUAUGGCCAUGACUUUCAUCAGCAGUCUGGAUGAUGGGACGAUUUUAGCUAAACCGAGCAGUUCGCAGUACUUGUGAGUCUUCAACCCCAGUCCUCCACUUGGUAUUUCUGUGUAACUGUCCAGCUUCUAAUUUGGCUAGUAAUAAUCUCUUGACCUGACCUUGGAGUAGUGGCACUAUGAGUGUCCCAAAAUGCAAAGAAAAGGAUGCCCCCAACAGCCUGUGUAAUAGAGAUGCUAUUGAACUUGAUGAAGAUCUUUCUUUGAGCGACUCUGACCCUGAUGAGCCUACGGUACAUUUUGGCAGAAAGGUUGAAGAUUUGUCAUCUUCCUCUGAGGAGGAAGAUGAUGCUUUGCAUCGUCAGCUUGUUCCUCAAGACAGUCCCACCUUCAGAGUGAUGGGUGGAAGCUCUGGUUUCUGUGAUCGAAGCAAGGACAUCUUUGCACAGUUGGAUAGUGCUGCAAAGCUCACCUCUAAACAGCUAGGCGAAGACAACAUUCUUGAUGGCAUGUUUGCUCGUCCUGCUCCACCUUCACCUCCACAAGUAGCUCAAAGAAAGUGUGGUAUUGAACCAGAAGCAACCAAAAAACAACCUCAAAUAAAAAAAUUACCAGACUACCUUGCACAUCCUGAGCGCUGGACCCACUACAGCCUUGAAGAUAUCCCUGAAACCAGUGAUCGAAAGAAUAGCCAAGUGGCUCAUCAGUUUAUACAAGGUCUUCGAAAUAGCAAGAUGUCUCAGAAUGCCGGGUUGGAGACUUUCACUCCAGCUUUCAAUCAGGAUCAGAGUAGCAGCUAUGACAACAAGAUUGUGUUCAAUAAACCUAAAAGCAAAGAUCAAAGUGGGAACAAACUUGACCAUCUUAGGAAGGAAGAGGUUGGACUUCAACACUUGGAUGACAGACAAGAGAAUGAAGAAGGAGAGGCUGCCCCUCUUCAUCACCUCGGCUCAUGGAAGAAUGAAGAGAAGAAAAGGAAGUGGGUGCCUGAGAAAGAGAAAGAAGAGGAAGAAAACAAGGUGACCCGUUUUGUCUUCAACAGCGGCAAGAAAGUAAAUCGCAAACGCUUCCGUAAAACACUUGAAGAUGAUGAGGAAGGCACAGAGUGAACUUUAAUCCUUAAAAACUCUAGUUUUUGUGUUUGUAUGCACAUGAAAACCUUUCCAUUAUUUUGUAUAAACAUAUUUUGAGGACCCACAUAUAUUUCUUUUGGCAUUUAUGGGGUCAUUGAUUUAAUGAAAAUGAUCAAUUCACAAAGAACUGGCUUCCCAAAGUAUCCUUUGUCAAAACAAAUUAGCCCACAUAUUUGUUAAAAAUCCUGUCUGUAGCGGUACCAGUGAUUUAGUGUAUACAUUAUAACUAUUCAGAAGUACUGUUAGUGUCAGUUUUUAUGAUCACUUUUCAUGAUUAAACUUAAUUAUGUUCUUUGAGUUGACAUUAAAGAAGGAUCCAGUGUCUUCACGUCACGGUGAAUAUAUAAAGCUCAAUGUUUUGCAUGCCCAAAUUUUCAUGAAUGUUGAACAAUGCAAAUAAGGGCAUUCAUUUCAUCACUGUUACAGCAGAAUUGUAAUAUAUAAAAAGCAAUUACACAACAUUGAGACUACAUAGGUGACAAGUUUGUCAUCUCUUUGGAAAACGUAAAGCUUUUAAAUACUGUACUUGACACAGGAAACCUGACACUCAUUUAGUUUUUCCGGAUCCAUCAAGUUAUUAAAAAAAUCAUGAAAAAUGCAUUUAACACAACAUACUUGAAUACACCUCGAAUAUGUUAAAUGUUUUUAAGUUCUGUGAUCAAACAAAUUUUGAAAAAGUAAAAAAUGUCUUAAGUGAUGUAAUCAUCCAGAGACAAAAAAAGCCUAAUUAAAAGCAGAUGUUCUUGAAAAAGUAGUUUGUAAUCAUCUUAAAAGUUUUUUAAAGCAGUAUAACAAUUUUGUUUCAAAAUAGUAUUCAUAUAAAAAAAAAUAUAUACUCUAAAUUUUAAGUCAGGCGGUGUAAUCAACAUAUAUAUAUAUAUAUAUAUAUACACUGGCGGCCAAACGUUUGGAAUAAUGUUCAGAUUUUGCUGUUUCGGAAGGAAAUUGGUACUUUAAUUCACCAAAGUGGCAUUCAACUGAUCACAAAGUAUAGUCAGGAUAUUACUGAUGUAAAAAACAGCACCAUCACUAUCUGAAAAAGUGUAGACAGGCCCCAUUUCCAGCAGCCAUUACUCCAACACCUUAUCCUUAAGUUAUCAUGAUAAAUUGCUAAUUUGGUGCUAGACAAUCACUUUGCCAUUAUAUCAAACACUGCUGAAAGAUAUUUGGUUUGUUAAAUGAAGCUUAACAUUGUCUUUGUGUUUGAGUUGCCACAGUAUGCAAUAGACUGGCAUGUCUUAAGGUCUAUAUUAGGUCAAAAAUGGCAACAAAAAAAGUUCUCUAGAAAUUUGUCAGUCAAUUGUUGUUUUGAGGAAUGAAGGAUAUACAGUGCUUGAAAUAGCCAAAUAACUGAAGAUUUCAUUCAAAGGUGUACACUACAAACUUAAAAGACAAAGGAAAACUGGCUCUAACAAGGACAGAAGGAGAUGUGGAAGGCCAGAUGUACAACUAAACAAGAGGAUAAGUACAGCAGAGUCUCUAGUUUGAGAAAUAGACGCCUCACAUGUCCUCAGCUGACAGCUUCAUUGAAUUCUACCUGCUCAACACCUGUAAUGUCACCUGAGUGUCUGGACAAACUGACAGCUAGAAUGCCAAUGAUAUGCAAUGCUGUCAUUACUGCACGUGGAGGAUUUUUUGAUGAGAACUCUUUGAAGUAGUUUUAAGAUGUUCUGAAAAAUGUUUUCAGAUUGUAAUAGUAAUUUUUCACGUUAUUAAUAUACUGACUAUACAUUGUGAUCAGUUGAAUGCCACUUUUGUGAAUAAAAGUACCAA